CUCUCUCCACCUGUCUAUAAAAGCUAGUGCGCUGUUCAACAACUUCAGAUCCGCUCCUCAAGAUCCAGUCCAUACUAUUUCAUUGAUCGCAGACGACUGACGCACUGCUUAAACAUGAAGGUCCUGGUUGUCGCUGUGUUCGCCUGCGUAGCAUGCGUUGCCCUCGCCGGUGAGGUCAAAAAAGAAGAGAAGGCUGCUGACAAGACUGAGGAGGUCGAAGGCCGCGGACGUUUCUUCGGAGGCGGCGUCCACGGCGGCGGCCAUGGUGGCGGUUUCGGAGGCGGGUUCGGGCAAAGUUCCGGAGGCUCCCAGAGCGGCUUUCAGCAAGGAGGCGCAGGGCACCACCAGGGCUCUUCAGGCUUCUCUGGAGGCGGCUCGACAAGUAACGUUCAAGGCUACAACAACAAGGAGGGGUACCGCUCAAACUCGGGCUUCUCUAAGACCAACUCGAAGAGCCACGGAAGCGGGUCUGCCCAGCAUUCGGGUGGCUUCGCGGGUGGCUCCUCGGGUCACCAGUCUGGCCAUGGAAGCCAGCACCACGGCUACUCUGGCUGAGGCUAGUAGAAGGUGUGAAGCUUCACCUCUAGUCGUCCUUUAAACAACAUCUACUAUAACGGUCUAUUCUCGUGCUCUUCCAUAUUCCCCCACAAAACAGAAGAAAACCGUAAAAACCACCCAAAAAUUAAACGUAACACCACAGAACGUAAAACUGUUGUGUUCUUUAAAAAAGCACAGGUAUUUUUGUAAUAAAAUUAUGCAGUUGUAUUAUA